AUGUGGUGGAAGUCGUCAACCUGGACUGCCGCCGCAACGGGGAUCAUAGUUAGCUCGGUCUACAAGAUCAAGCGUGGCUUCAAACGUGCCAACGGAGCUGUGAAAUCUCCUUCAAAGAAGUACCCGAAAUCCGCCGAGAAAAGGAAGAGGAUUUCAAAACACGACGCGUGCACUUUGACGGCCGUGAGAAGCUGCCUGCACAAUUUCUUCCGUCGGGGGGAGAUUCCAACGUUGAAGAAAAUCGCGACCCGUCUCCAAGAAGACGACGUGCUGCCGUCCUGUUCCGGGUCUACCCUGUAUCGCCUGCUGAAGGACAUGGGUUUCGAGAAACAGAAACGGAAUCGCAACUCCUUCCUAAUUGAGAGAGAGCACAUCGUUGAGUGGAGGCGGCGGUAUUUGAGGGCAAUCGGAAAGCACAGAGCCCAGAACCGCAAGACCUACUUCCAGGACGAGACUUGGGUGAACGCCGGCCUUACAGUUGACAAGGUGUGGACUGACAGCACCAUAAAGUCAGCAAGGCAAGCCUUCAUGUCUGGACUGACGACCGGGCUAAAGGUUCCUUCUGGAAAGUGUGAAAGAGUGAUUGUCACCCACGCAGGUAGUGACACUGGCUUUGUGUCCGGCUGCCUGAACGUGUUCCGUGGGAAAAAAAAGGGGGACUACCACGAUGAAAUGGACUCGAACAGGUUUGAAGCAUGGUUUCUUCAUCUGCUGGACCACAUCGAGCCUAACAGCGUAAUUGUUAUAGACAAUGCGCCAUACCACAGCAGAAAGGCUGAAGCAGUUCCCACAACUGCAACAAAGAAGGGCGAGAUCCAGUAG